AUGCCCAAAGGAAGACAAAAGGUUGAUAGACUGGCUACUGCCCAAGCCAGAGGUUAUGUUCGAGGAGCGAAUCGAGACAAAGACCAAGAAUACUGUGAGACCUAUUAUUCAGACGGAUCCAAGGCUCUCCAGGACCGAGUCCUAUCGGAUUAUAUAAUCUGGGCCUCCCAAGAGGAUGAGAAUCUCCGAAAGGAGGGUCUCCGUGAAGGACAGCCCGUGCCGGAUCUAGCCACGAUCAAGGACUUUAUCCGAUUUUACAUCUACUCUUCGAACGGAAUGAUCUCUCUGCGCCCUACAAAAUCGUCCGUAUUGAAUUUUGCUGAACGAUUCUUUGCCGGUUUCACCCGUCUUACUAAGACUACUUUCGAUACGAGGGAUACCAAGGAUGUUUAUAAGGUUUGGAGAUCUAUCACUGAAUUACUUCCGGCGGAUACUAAGUGCGAAAAGUGGAUAUCGAAAGAGCUUGUUCAGGAAAAAGUCAUCGAGGAUAUAAGAAAAGCGAAGCACAUGUUUACGCACUGUGACCUCACCAACAUUUUUGUGUCCCUGUGGACCGACGAUGAUCCUAUGUUCAUCCACCCCAGAUACAGAGUUCAAUUAACAUUCGCAAUCCUUAUUUACUGUUACACUGGAGCACGGAUUGGCACAUUUAUACCUGAUACCUCGAAGAAAGACGAACGUGGGCUCCGAUAUGAAGUACUUCAGGCGACCUGCUAA